AUGGCAGCCCCCAUUGAAACGAGGUUAAGAACACCUCGGGCUACGGUUUCUCUCAGUCGUUUAACGUUUCCUUUAGAUUCCGAAGAAGUACAGCAUAAUAAUGAUAUGGUGGAUGCAGCAAGCAAAAAUACAACAGUAAGGCUUCGAUCACAGGUUCAAACAGGUCGUCCCCAGCGAAGUACUAGGAAGAAUGUAUCAUAUAAAAUCAAUGGGGAUAGUAGACAGCAAAACUCAACGCCCCGACAAAACAACAAAGACCGAGUCAAGAAGCCAUUAUCUUCAUCAUCAUCAUCAUCAUCAAGCUCUGCAGACAGUGAAUCAGAUGAAGAAUGUUUCAAACAUCAAAAUACACCAUCAGUGCUGUUAGAGGGAUAUGAAGAAGACAGUAAAAGGGGAGUUGUCAGUGGUUCUGUGUAUGAGUUCAAAACACCGAAGAGAGCAGGUCAGAUGGCUAAACUAGCUGCUGAGACUUGCACACCAAUCACAAAUAAAACCACACCACUAACACGGAAAGCUGCCUCGUCUAAAAAAAGUAGUAAGCAAGUACAGCACACUCCUGCAACUCGAGCAAGGUCAAAAACACGAGCUGGCAGACGAGUCACCAAGCGUGUCCUGAUGGAUCAAUUCAGGAACAUGAUGUUACAAGACAUAUCCCAUCUCGUCAUCAAUGGAUUUUUUCCAAGUAUCACUCUAAAAAAUAUUUUGAACUCCAUUACAGAAGACCUUCUAAGUAAGACAAAUAGUUUCAAGAGUCCAGUGGACCAAAUUAACUUUAUUGAGGAGACACUCGAACACAGUGGUGAGGAUGUUUUCUUGCUAAUUAACAACAUAGAUGGCCAGAUGUUGCGUGGCAGCAAGGUACAGAGCAUGCUCAGUAUGCUGGCACAGAUCCCGCAGGUCCACUUUGUGGCAUCAAUUGAUCACAUCAAUGCACCACUCAUUUGGGAUCAGGCUAAAGCGAGUCGGUUCAAUUGGCUGUGGUAUGAUGUCACAAACUUUGAGCCAUACACAGAGGAAACCUCUUAUGAGAACUCGCUGUUAGUCCAGCACUCUGGCGCCCUCGCACUCAGCUCUCUUACAAAUGUUCUUAGAAGUCUAACACCAAAUGCAAGGGGAAUUUUUGAAAUUAUUGUCAACUAUCAACUUGAAAACAAGGACAACUCAUUAUAUAAUGGAUUAUCAUUUCAAGAUUUGUAUCAGAAAUGUCGAGAGGCAUUCUUAGUUAAUAGUGAUCUAACUCUAAGGGCACAGCUUACAGAGUUUAGAGAUCACAAACUAUUAAAAUCUAAAAAGGGCAUAGAUGGCAUUGAAUUUCUUUCUGUUCCAAUUGAAAAUGCAACGCUUGCAGAAUUUCUUGACCAGCAACAAGAAUAGAUAUAAAACAUCAAAGACAUGAUUUUUUUAAGGGGAGAGGCUGGUUGGUAGAGUACAGUAUUAGGUAAACUUGCACUCCAUGUUGAACUACCAAGUGUGAGACUUCUACUAAUUAGUACUCCCAUCUUGCUUUCCUGUUUUUUUUUGUUGACAAUAAGUCAGAGCUCAAAUUAAACCAACUGCAAGACUAUAAUAAUAUAGACAACAAUACCUGAAAUGAAUCAAAUAUAAGUUUGAAGUGAAGGAUUUUGAUUUCCAACAAAAAAUAUGAGUAUGUACUUAUCGUCUGUCUAGAGUCACCUGGUAUCGGUUUACCAGGAAGCUCAUACAUGAAGUGACCUUUAGGGGAGAAAGAAGUUACUUUUACGAGCUAGUGUCCACCGCUUUGAGACUUACAGUAUAAAGUACUGUAUACAUUACAUCACAUCACAUUAAGUUCGUAGUUUUAGUAAGUACAUCUUAUUCUUUUGAUUGUGUGUGGUCUAUUAGGAAAAUAUUUAAUUGUAAAGAUUAACUUAUUAACUUAUCCCUAAAACACCCCUUGAAAAAAUGAGACCUCUUAAUUUAAAAUUAUAUGUGUGCUCAGUUGUAACUAUUAGUAACUCUUACUUAUAUAUCAGCAUUUCAUGUAAUCAACCUGUCAACCUGUGAAUGAAGACUGAGAAGAAAUAUAUAUAUAUAUUUUUGUAUUUUUUUUGUUUAAAUAUAAUUAAAAUAUAUUUCAAAAUGUGUAAUAUGA